UUACCGCCAGGAACUCCGCAAAAGUUGGAUCAACUCUACCCUUAAACUACUCAGAUAAACAAAUGAGAGUCUUACCCAAAUGAUCAAGCAGAACAGCCCCCACUCAUACCGCAUCCAUAUCCGCAAACACAGCCGCAAUGUGAUGGAGCCAAUUAAAAAACACUGGGAUCCAGUAAUUCACACUUUGGUAUGGUUGAAGAAAUGAAAACUGGAACUUGGGGAUCCAGAAAUCAAAAGAUUAUGGAAAACAAGCAUUUUUUUACGGUAAAAGGAGGAGGAGACAAAUUGAGUUGUUCAAAUCCCACGUUAUGUCUUUAGGAUUAGACUCCGUCAAUCACCAUGCCUUCGCGCGCGCUCACAGACAAGAAAAAGUUACUCGGACAGACAGACGCAGUACUUCUUUUGUUCGUGUUUUCAUUUGAAUUAAAGCUUAAAAUUGGGGAUACUAGACUUCGUGGUUCAUUUUUUUUCCCCUUAGGGCCGCGUCGAUCGAAAACCUGUACAGAUUGAUUAAAUUCUCGAUUUUUUGAGAUUUAUCUCCUUCGCGUCUUUGAAGUUCAAUCAAAGCAAGGGUUUCUUUUUCCUGAUUGAUUUUGAUUGGUGGGAUUUAAUCAAUAUUCGUCUGCUCAGUCAGGAAUUCAGACGAGCAGAGGAAGUAUUCGAUUUUGAGUAACUGAGGCCGUGUGUGUUUUGAACGUGUUGUGGUGGUUGGAGCUCAUCUUAUCAUCAAUGGCAGAUCUCAAAGAACGCCUACUCCCGCCAAAACCCGCAUCGGCUAUAAACCUUAGAGAUGUGGUGAAUCGGCCUUCUGCAUUAGGGCGUCAACCUUUCCAAGGCAUGGACGUUUUGGGGUUGAAGAAGCGGGGCCAAGGUCUUCGCUCUUGGAUUCGCGUUGACGCGUCUGGGAAUUCCCAGAUUAUUGAAGUUGAUAAGUUCACUAUGAUGCGUCGUUGUGAUCUUCCUGCACGCGAUCUUCGUCUCCUAGAUCCUCUGUUCGUUUAUCCCUCGACGAUUCUUGGGAGAGAGAAGGCAAUUGUUGUGAAUUUAGAGCAAAUUCGAUGUAUCAUCACGGCAGAUGAGGUUCUGCUCUUGAAUUCACUUGAUAGCUACGUGUUGCAGUACGUAGUGGAGCUGCAACGGAGAUUGACAAUGGCUGGGCCUGGUGCUAUUUGGCAGUCUGAUGGGUCUGACCUGAAUGGAAGACGAAGUAGGAAUAAUUUCGACAAUAUGUUUAGCAAUACAUCCCCUGAUUACUUGCCCUUUGAGUUUAGGGCUCUUGAAGUUGCUCUGGAAGCUGCUUGUACGUUUCUGGAUUCUCAGGCAGCAGAAUUAGAGAUUGAAGCAUAUCCAUUACUAGAUGAACUGACGUCAAAGAUCAGCACAUUAAACUUGGAACGAGUUCGUCGAUUGAAAAGUAGACUUGUUGCGUUGACUCGUAGAGUGCAGAAGGUUAGGGAUGAGAUAGAGCAGCUCAUGGAUGAUGAUGGAGAUAUGGCCGAAAUGUAUCUAACUGAGAAGAAAAGACGGAUGGAAUCUUCAUUUUGUGGCGAUCAGUCGAUGAUGGGAUUCAAAUCAAAUGAUGGUGCACAGUCUAUUUCUGCUCCAGUUUCUCCUGUUUCUUCACCUCCUGAUUCCCGGAGGUUGGAGAAAAGCUUGAGUAUUGCAAGGAGUCGGCAUGAUAGCAUGAGGAGUUCAGAAACUACCACAGAGAGUAUAGAAGAGCUGGAAAUGUUGCUGGAAGCAUAUUUUGUUGUCAUUGACAGCACCCUGAACAAAUUGACAUCAUUGAAAGAGUACAUUGAUGACACAGAGGAUUUCAUUAACAUUCAACUGGAUAAUGUCCGAAACCAGCUGAUUCAGUUUGAGUUGCUACUCACAACUGCAACCUUUGUUGUGGCCAUCUUUGGGGUGGUAGCUGGGGUCUUUGGCAUGAACUUCGAAGUACCAAUGUUUGACAACCCCGACGCAUUUCAGUGGGUUCUCAUAAUUACUGGAAUCUGUGGAGUCUUCAUAUUUUGUGCAUUUGUUUUGUUCUUCAAGCAUAGAAGACUCAUGCCUCUGUAGGGGGGUGAGAAAAUUUCUACAAGAAAUGUAGAACUGUAGUUAUUCUUAAGUUAUGCAUUCCAUAAGUGAUAAUUGAAAUGAAAAAAAAAAUAGAAAAUAAAGAAGAUUGGCUAUUUCUUUGAAAAAUGUUUCUGAAAUCAGUUCAAAUCA